UCAAGGAAGUAUUAUGUGCAUUUCAUAUUAAAAACUUUCUGUUGUCUUAAAAGUAAAAGUAUGUCCUGCGGCCUGAUACAGCUUAAAUAGUUGCAUACCUUAAAAAAAACACAUUUAAACAAAAUGUUUUGCAAUCUAAAAGCAAUUUAUGUAUUAAUUAUAAUUUUUAUAUUUUUUCAUAGAAGAAUUAACUGUCAAUAUGCCUAUAUUGAUCACAACCAACAAAUCAACGCAUCGGAAUUUCAGCAAAAAUCUAGGGGGGUCGGGGAGGCCUACGAAACGUUGAGUGAAACAUAUUUGCAGGGCAGUAGACCGCUUGAUAGAGGACCCUACUUCGAUACCUCCGCAACGAAAAAUGUCACAUCGUUAGUUGGUAAAACGGCGCAUUUAAAUUGCCGUAUUAAGAACCUUGGAAAUAAAACAGUUUCAUGGAUAAGACAUAGAGAUCUGCAUCUACUGACUGUUGGCGAAAGCACCUACACAUCCGAUCAACGUUUCACUUCGAUAUAUAACAAAUUAACUGGAGACUGGUCUUUACAGAUUAAAUUCCCGCAAAUUAGAGAUUCGGGUAUUUAUGAAUGUCAAGUUUCCACGACACCACCUGUUGGAUAUACAAUGGUGUUUUCUGUCGUCGAACCUAUAACAAGCAUACCCGGUGGUCCUGAAUUAUACAUCGACAUGGGAUCAACAGUUAAUUUGACUUGCAUUGUUAAACACCUACCAGAUCCACCGUUAACUGUUCACUGGACACAUAACAACGAGGAAAUCAAUUACGAUUCACCACGUGGAGGCGUAUCGGUUAUCACGGAAAAGGGCGAUAUUACAACGUCAUACCUUUUGAUACAGAGGGCAAGAAUUUCAGAUUCAGGCAGAUACUCUUGCCUACCAUCCAAUGCUAAUUCUAAAUCGGUUAACGUGCAUGUGCUAAACGGUGAUCAUCCUGCUGCUGUACAACGCGCUGGCAAUUCAUUUAAGUAUUGUAGUAAUUUAAUUGUUGUGUUAAUUGUGAGUCGUGUAAUCUACAUUAUACAUUAAAUAUUUUAUGUAUGUAUAAUAUAAUAUAA